AUGGGGCUGAACUUGAAUGUGAAGCUACAUUCUCCUAAAAAUGUAGCAGUUGUUAUAUCUGAUGGGAAGAAGGAAAGGAAAGAAGGUGAUGCCGUGAGUUUAACCUGUGCCAGUGAUGCCAACCCUGCUGCCAAUGCCUUUACCUGGUACAACAAUAAGAGAGAUGGAACUGUAGAGCUGAGGGAGGAGCAGGGGCGGAGCAUAACUGUGACUGUGGGGCGGGGCAGAGAGACAUUCUCCUGCACUGCAAGGAACCCACUGGGAACUGGGAAUUCCACUCUCUCUGAGCUGCAGGUUUUGUAUAAAGCCCAAAAUGUCACAAUAGAAGGAAAAGAUGAAGUGAAGGAAGGAGCAGCCCUGGAGCUUGAAUGCCAUUUCUCAGACUAUAACCCACCAACAACUCAGUACAGCUACAGCUGGUAUCUAAAUGGGAAUCCUGUGACUGGGGAGACUGGCAGAAUAUUACAGAUAAAUAACAUUACAGAGUCCCAUUCUGGCACCUACAGCUGCAAUGUGCAGAACCGAGCGGGACCUUCCUAUUCCCCAGGCUUUGCUGUCACAGUCAUGUCUGCACAGACAGGAGAGAAACUGCCCAUGAGGAUUAUACUCGGGGGUGGAGCUGGUUCUGUAUUGGUCAAACUAUUGGUUCUGGCUCUGUAUUUAUUUCUUAGGAACGGCACAGCAGCGACCCAGAUGGGUGAGAUUGAGUUAGAAGAUCUUUACACCGAGCCAAAGGCCGAGAGUCUCAUUUAG